AUGUCACAAACUCGAAUACGAGUAUCAUGGGGACCCUAUAACGAAGGCAAGAAACUAAAACACGUGGAUCCAGUCUCAACAUUGACUUAUACGUACAUCCAGGGACCAUGCUACUGUUUGUCCUGCCGCAAGAUUAGUGGCAGUACUAACACACUCAAUCUUCUGCUCCCAGAGGACAAGUUCAAAGUCAUUGCUGGCUCCGCUAAGAACUGGACUGGGACCCACGAGAGCGGCAAGAAGCUGACAGUCUACUUCUGUGGUGAUUGCGGAACGACUAUUUACAAGACACACGAGUUAUUCCCUGGGAUGGUUGUUAUCCUCGCGGGAACCUUGGACGAUCCACAGGGACUUGAACAGGCAAAGCCGAUGGUGGAAUUAUUCUCUAAGCACCGCGUGUCAUGGCUACCUGGGCUCAGUUGGACUGAACAAAAGGAGGAGUUCUAG